AUGAGGCUUGCCAGGGUGGCGGCUGCAGGCAGCGAUCCUGAAGCAGGAAGCACUUCGCACCAGGCAACCGAGAAGAUCUACCUUGGCAAACUCAACCGAAUCCCAGGACAGCUGCUGAGAGAGCUUGCUUCGGGUCCGGCACUCCAGCCCUGCCGCCGGGCGCUUGAAGCAGAGGGUCUUCCAUGGAAGCUCUCCAGUGGUGCCUUCAUGUUUGUCAGCCCCUUUCAGCAUGUGGACGCGAUGACGACGCUCGCCGACGAGCAGCUGCACCCAGACAACAUCAUCUUUGCAGAGAGUCUGGAGUAUUUGAUUGAUGAGGUGCUGGGACAGCAUGGAACCUGGAUGAAGGACCGGAGCACGAUCGGCAUGGAUGGCAUUAAUCCUGGCCCUACCUCAGAAGUCGAUUCCGCCUGCCAGGCUGAGGCGGAAAGUCAAGGAAGCGAUGCAGAUCGAAGACGAGACGCGUUCCUUUUAGACUAUGUUGGGGAAUGGGAUCCCUGUUCGAUCGUGGACAGGACUUUCCUUUGCUAG